GCGAGCCCGACUGCAGAGCACUCACCGCCUGGCCACGCCCGACCGCCCGCCAGCCCGCCACCAUGCUGGGUAGCAAGCGACUGGGGCUGUCCGGACUGACCCUUGCCCUGUCCUUGCUCGUGUGCCUGGGCGCGCUGGUCGAGGCGUACCCCUCCAAGCCGGACAACCCCGGCGAGGACGCGCCGGCGGAGGACUUGGCCAGAUACUACUCGGCGCUGCGGCACUACAUCAACCUCAUCACCAGGCAGAGGUACGGAAAACGAUCUAGCCCUGAUACACUGAUUUCAGACCUCUUGAUGAGGGAGAGCACAGAAAACGUCCCCAGAACUAGGCUUGAAGAUCCUUCUAUGUGGUGAUGGGAAGUGAAACUUGCUCUCUGGUCUUUUCUUCUUUUGCAACCCAUAUUUCAUACUAUGAAACCAGAGUCUGCCCACCCUACCAAUGCAUGCAGCCACUGUGCUGAACUCUGCAGCA